UCCCAAGUCAUCUGGCACAAUAAAACAUUCCGCUGUCAGCCAACACACGGCUGUACUGAAGGAGUCACUGGCACACAUAGGCCGUUACACAUACUCGCAAAAAUAUUUACUUUUAAAUACUUCUAUUAUUAGCCAAGAUCGAGGGGCUGCCUGAGUAAUUGACCCGGAGUCGUAAAGGCUGUGCAGGGUGAAGUCGGGGGAGACGGACAGGAAAAAAACAAAGAUGGCUGUGUAACCAGAGAGACGAGUCCCAGCAGAACUCUGUCUAACCGCGGCGUUAAUCACCGACAGGUCCCGUGGGUCCCGUGGACAGUCAGUCGGUACCGGAGCAGGGACGUUAGAUGAGCAGCCGAGCUGGGCCGCCGUGUACAUCUCUGUUAUCUGCUGUCAUUGCGAAUAACGGCGUCGAGAGUACAACAACAGCUGAGAGAGUUGUUUUUGUUCUGCAAAGCCAGAGGACUGACUGCUGUGUUUUUGUCAACGUAGCUAGCCGCACACUCUGCUAGCCUCACUCCCGGUCGCGGCAGGUACACCUAAGAAAUUUCUAAACCCCCGUCGCCAUGUCUUCACUGGAGGAGAGAGACGUUGUGGCCGCCCCUGGCUCCUCCUCGGCCGGCUUGGGGGUCGGGGCCGUGGGGGCAGCGGUGGAGGCUGUCGCCGGGGUCGCAGCCAUGCAGGAGGAGGUCGGGAUACGGCGAGAAGGGCCCGAGCCUGACCCGGACGAGCCGCCCAAGAAGAGGGUGAGAUUGCCCGAGGGAGAGUCAGGAAAGCUGGAGGAGAGACUGUACUCAGUGCUGUGCUGCACCGUGUGCCUAGACUUGCCCAAGGCGUCUGUAUACCAGUGUACCAACGGACACCUGAUGUGUGCAGGCUGUUUUAUCCACCUCCUGGCUGAUUCUCGUCUCAAGGAGGAACAGGCUACGUGUCCCAACUGCAGGUGUGAGAUCAGCAAGAACCUGUGCUGCAGGAACCUUGCAGUGGAGAAGGCUGUCAGUGAGCUGCCGACAGAAUGCACCUUCUGCCUAAAACAGUUCCCCCGCUCCAGCUUAGAGAGACACCAGAAAGAGGAGUGCCAAGACAGGGUGACACAGUGCAAGUACAAGAGGAUCGGCUGCCCUUGGCAAGGUCCGUUCCACGAGCUGCCAGCGCAUGAGAGCGAGUGCUCCCAUCCCACUAAGACUGGUACAGAGCUGAUGGGAAUACUGGGAGAGAUGGACCAGAGCCACCGCAGAGACAUGCAGCUCUAUAACAGCAUCUUCAGCCUGCUCUGCUACGAGAAGAUUGGGUUUACAGAGGUGCAGUUCAGGCCGUACCGCACUGAUGACUUCAUCACUCGUCUGUACUAUGAAACACCACGCUUCACCGUUCUCAAUCAGACGUGGGUUCUGAAGGCCCGCGUCAAUGACUCAGAGCGCAACCCUAACCUGUCCUGCAAGCGCACCCUCUCCUUCCAGCUCAUCCUCAAAAGCAAGGUAAACUCUGCCCUGGAGUGCUCCUUCCUGCUGCUGAAGGGGCCGUACGACGACGUGCGGAUCAAGCCAGUCAUCCACCACCACUCCUUCAGCAACGAUGCCAACGAGACCGACUACGUCCCUCUGCCCAUCUCCGAUUCGGUGGAGUGCAACAAACUGCUGGCCGCCAAAAACAUCAACCUGCGCCUGUUCAUCUUCCAAGUCCAAAAAUAAAGAAUGAGGGAAGAGGAGGAGGAGGAGGAGGAGGAGGAGGAAGAUGGAAAGAGAGAUGAAGAAGAAGAGGGACGAUGGAGGGUGAGGGGCUGAGAGAGGGAGAGAGGAGUGAUGAAGAUUAAAGAGACACCACUGAACCACUGAUACCUCUUAACACGUACACACACACACACACACACACACACACACACACAAAAUACAUAUACUCUCACACACAUUCACGCAGGGUACACACACACACACACACACACACACACGUGUGUGCGCGCGCACACACAUGCACACACCACUAAUUACACUUACCUCCUUUUACAAGAUAGUGCGACCCCUUGCUCGGGGAGCUGUUAGUUGCUAUGGAGAUGGGUGGGCUUUUGUUAUGGGAUGGAGGGGUGGGGUGAAACCUGCGAAGGCACAGGCGGGGGGUGUUGGGGUGAGGGAGGGGGUUCUGGGACAGUUGAUGUGUACCUGUGGAGGCUCUCUGAGGUCAGGUUGUGUCUGACCUUUCACCCCUGACACCCGCAGCCAAAGGUAGCGCGCACACACACACAGCAAACAAAGUGGGAUUCGCUGGGUGCAGUUGUUGUGUGCAUCUUUGUUAGUGUGUGUGUGUGUGUGUGUGUGUGUGUGUGUGUGUGUGUGUGUGUGUGUGAGCGAGAGAAAAAGAGUCAAGCAGCGGACCCUGAAGUGUGGCCCAAACUUUUGCGUUUAUGUUGAAAUGUCCCAAAGACGCGUGAUAAUGUGAAAAUAGAGUGACUGACUCUACUGAGCUGUUCUUUGGACAUGUGUAUGCAUGUGGAGGGCAUGUGUGUGUGUGUCUCUGUGUGUGUGUGUGUGUGUGUGUGUGUGUGUGUGUGUGUGUGUUUGUCUGUCCCUUCCCUCCACACACUUUAUGCCUGAGUCUCGUCAACAAUUUCUUUCUGUUUUGGCAAAAGUGUCCAUUUUCAAGGCUUGCCAGAACAGACGUA